AUGAGCUGUCAUGUUUUGCUGAUUUACCAGUGAUUAGGAGUCAAGGGCAGGAGCCGCGUGCCUGUGAUGUUAGUCAUCUCCUGCUUCAGGGCAGUGCAUACAUCAGCAUUGCCAAAUCUAACUUAUUAGUGAUAGGCUGAUUGUGGGCAGCUUUAUCAAACCUGUGAACUUCAGCAGGCACUUCAGCUCUUUUCUGCCAUCCUGAAGAAAGAUCUGGUAACUGCAGAAAAAACAAUUUAUCCAACCUACUGAGUUGAAAGCCAGCUAAGACGCCUGCUUGAAUAGUGGUCUCUGGCCUGCAUUGCAACAAUGCUGGCUUUCUCACAGACUUCCUGAGCUAGCUCUCAACUCUGGAGUUUGGGUAGAAGAUGUGGAGUAGUCACCCCAGCUUGGAGUUCAAUGUCUACUCCCAACCCCAUACAAUAAUGGAACACAAUUAGGCUUGAUGGAAAACUGAUCAAUAAAAACGGUUAUCUAUGACCCUUUUCUAAGGCCCUGCAGAUGCCAGCCACUCUCCACAGAAACCAUGUUUUACAUGUAAACCUUCCAACCGCUACUCCUUUUCUACAAGAGCCUUCUUUCAUCUUCAGCUGAUGAAGAAAGCUGAAUGAUUGUUCAAAGUUCCUCUCUUAAAAUUCCUCGGAGAAGAUGAGCUUCCUACAGGCUGUCACCUUACUGAAAGCCUCAUAAUUCUGCAAAAAUGAAAACCAUCUUGGCCUGCCUUCUUGUUCUUGCAGUUAACAUGCCACUGUCCAAUGCUUAUUGUGUCCGUCAGCCAUCGAAGCCAGAGAUGUCUGAUGGCAAGAUUGUAGGCUGCCGUGACUUGAAUGGAGAGCUUCAUGAACUUGAUUCACAGUGGAGGACUGACAGCUGCCAUGAUUGCUCCUGCUCUGAGGGUGCAAUUGACUGCUGCUCCAGCUUCUCAACACCAUCUAACUAUGAUGAAGAGAAUUGUGUAAGCAUUUUCAACAAGGAGACCUGCACUUAUAAAGUAGUGGAGAAAGAUGAUCACUCGAAAGAAUGCCCAGUACAUGAGUGGGUGGGCUAAUAAAGAAGGAUUGUGGAUUUGGGAAUUAUUUCUUUUUUGUUUGUUUUAAGGGUUCUUUCUCACAAAUU